GAACGUUUAGCAUCUUCUCGUCUGACGUCAAUAUUAUGUAUAAAAACAUUAAGAGUUCGCUUGUGUCGUUAAAGUAUAUUGUUUAAAAGUCACCUGAAGAACAACUAUAAUAGAAAAAACCAAAAAUUGUGCUUCACAUUUUUUUUUCAACUAUAAAAUGAUGAUUAAUAAAAUUGUAGCUUUAGCAAUUUUCUUUCUAACAAUGAUUGAAAUAUAUGCCAAUCCUUUGGAAAGAAAAAUUAUUUCUGAAACAAAAGCUGCAAGUCCUUUAGAAAUAAUUCAAAAUAAAACAAAAGAAACGCCAUUAUUGUGUUUAUUGGAAUGUGAAAAUAAUAUUAAUAAACGGCAUACAAUUAUUAGUAAAAGAAAUCAUAUUUUUUCAACAUCUGACAAUGGAAAAUUUAUAAAAAGAUCUUUAAAAGAAUAUAAAGAUCUUGAUACUGCUGCUGGUACAAAUAUUCUUCGUCCUCUUUUUGUAUAUCGUCAACAAGUUGAAUAUAGAAAGCGUAUAAAAAAAAAUAACAAUCGAGGUAUUUAGUGAAAAAAAAAAUUUAUAAUAAUUUAAUUUAAUUGCCCUAUAACAAUAUGUUACACGUGUAUGUCAUUUACGUGUUUUUACAUUGUAGGGCAAUAAAACUAGAACAAUAUUUUUACUAAUAAAAACUAACGCAAAAAUUUUUUGUACUCGAACUAAAAAUUAUUAAUUAACACUGAAAAAAAAAAUUUUUUGAUUCAAAUAAUCGGUUAUCAAAUAAAUAUUUACUUGAACCAAAUAAUAUUUAUUUGAACCAAAUAAUAUUUGAUUCAAAUAAAAAUUAUUUGGUUCAAGUAAAUAUUUUUUUCAAAUAAAUAUUUAUUCGGUUAAAAUAAAUAUUUAUUUGGUUCAAGUAACCGAUUAUUUGAAUGAAAUAAUUUUUUUCUUUCAGUGUAGAAUUAAUUUAGAAAAAUGAAGAUCAAAUUUUUCUAAUUUAUAAUUGUAGUUAUCCGAUUGUAAUUAAAUAAAAGGGGGGGAUAAAUUUAAACGCUUAAAAGGCGAGGCAAAAAAAUUAAUUGCAAACAACGCUACUAAGAACAAGAAGAGAGUAGUAACGUUACAAAACAAAAGAACUUGGUUUUUUUUUUUUGUAACAAAAAGAAGAUUAAUAAUUAAUUAAAAAAUUAUUUAGUUAUCAAUUAAGGUUAAUAAUAACCACUUACAAGUCAUUUUGUAUAAACUCUGUUAAAAUUCUAUUUUUUUACUUGCAUGUGUAAAAUAAUUUGUAAUUUUUAAUAAAAAAAAGAAAUUGUUUCUUAAACACUAUCAUU